CUCAAAAAGGAGAUAGUUCACAUGAACGACAAUUCUUUCUGUUUAGUGAUAUGCUAAUGUACUGUAAGCGAGUUCAAAAAUCUCAUUUGUCAAAUAAGCCUCCUUCCCUGCAAUGUUGUGGAAUUCUCCCUCUUCAGCAAGGCGUUGUUGAAGUAUUGUUUGGUGCUGGAGGAAAAGAUGCCACUCUUUUCAGGGUUUCUGCAAAAGAACAGACAUUAAUGCUGUACUCUAAACAGCCAGGAGAAAGUGAAAAUUGGAUCAGUGCUCUGAAACUGGCUAUCGAGGAAUUGCCCGACCAUAAAGUACUAGCUAAAGAAAAUAGUCGACUUCACUUGAAAAGGAAACCAAGAUUGUAUGGGAAAAGAACAGAGCAGCCUGUUUCAAAAAACAAGCAGUGCAAGAAAAUACAAAUGAAACCAAAUCCAGAAGAAUAAAUCCUGAAAGGGGCCCAUGCUAUAGAGAUCUGUUGGUUGCUGGAGCAUGUAGUGCUGUUAAUAACGAAUGAAUUAUAACUGUACUGUAUGUAUAGAUAAUUUAAGAGCUAAAAUUCUUAAGCUGAUUCCUAUAAUAGAUGUCUUUGUGCAAAUUUCUUUAAAUUGUAUUGUUUAUAAUGUGCUACUGUCAUAAGAUAUAUAUACUGGUGGCAGAGCCAAAAAAAGUAAUGCUCUUUGCAUAGGAGUUCUUGAAAUCUGUGAAAGUACUAUGAUAAAAAAUUAUUUAAAAAAAAGCAUCAUAAUUGAAGUUGUAUAUCUGAUUACUGGUAAAAUUAUUGAACCAGCUUUUUUGGACCUGUUAUUCAGAUUUAUCUACAAUAAUUUUGGGUUGUUUUUUUUUCUCUGUCAAUUUAUUAGAAACCAUUUUUUUUUUUUGCGUUAUAUGAUCUCUAGAAAUUAUAGACUGCAUAAAAGUAUUGAAGCAAAAUAAAAAAGUUGUAGAACUAUUUAAAUACCAUCAACUCUUAUAUCUAGAUUAUGAACUGGAAAUGUAGAACCAGGUUAUCAUUUAAGCCCUUCAGGUAUGUGAAUAUAAUAGUUUGGUUUUUACCUUAUGUUUAUUAGAGUCUUGUAUUUUCUUUUUUUACUGUCUUAUCUUUCCAGGUGUCAAAUACUUAAUGUUCCAUCAUUUCUAGUAUAAACUCAAAAAGGAAAACUAAAAAUUCAUAAAUUAUAAUCUUUUAAACUAUAUAUAUAAGUAAAAAACUGGGUGAUUUACUGACCUUUCUUGUACUUUAUUUUUACAUUAUCUGAUUUGUUAGUGACUUUUUUUGGACAAAAAGAAAUUGCUGGAGAUUUUUUCUUUCAAGAUUCUUGUAUGAAAUCCUCAAAAUCAUUGGAUUAAUUCUACUUUUUUUUUUCAACAUCUUAUUUUAAUUGAUAGUGAUACAUACAUAUUUCUAGCCUAUUGUAAUGCCUUUUUCUUAUUUUAUUUCACUUGUUUUGGUCAUUUUCUAGCUGUAUAUCUAAAAUAUUAAUGUGAACACUUACUUUACUAUAUCUCUUUAACAGCUACUUCUUCCAACAAUUAAUUUUUCUCUGAAAACUUCUUCAGAAUAUCUAAUGUGUGUAGCAGUUAAGUUGAUCUCAUUUGUUUGUGUUGCCGUAGUGUAAGUAUAGUUAACUAUGUUUGGUUUUAAUAUAAAAUGUAGCAUUAAUCAAAAUUAAUAAUUUCUAAUAGAAACUCUUU